AUGUUGAGUUUUGAACCUAAGUACCAUUUUUUGAUGACAGAUAACUCACUUCUUUCGGAAGUCAAGUUGCCUAAAUCUAGCACCUUGCAUCAGGCAGCAGGUUCAACGGAGACCCGGUUGAUAUUUUUACAGCGCAAUCCAAAAACUCUACCUUACAAGUUCGUCACAGAUGAUGCAACAUUCAACUUUGAUGACCCGUCAGAGGUCCCUAUCGUUGUGGAUCCUUCUGCCAAAACCUGCCAGAGUCUUUCAAGUAAAUGGCAGGUGAAUCAUAUACACAGAAGUAAUUGGCUUUUUCAUGACCAUGGGAAUGAGCAAUCAAAUGACCGGCCAGAUGAGAUCACUUCCUUCUACCUAGAAGGUAGCCGGUCUGAAAUAUUCCUAGCUAAUGGAGACGAUUUGAUCCCAAAGGAAGACCUGGGAUAUAUAACUCAACUGGUCGAGAUAUUCGUGCAAAGGUCUCAUAUGCUUUCGAACAGCUCCAAUAUUGGCUAG